UGGGACUGGAAGGUCGGCGGCGGCGGCAGCGGCGGCUCUCUGGAGCCGGGCCAGAGCUCCCCCGCGCAAAGCCUGUCUCCGUCCCCGUCUUUCGACUCGUACGCCUCUUCGCCUUAUCCCCUGCUGGUGGACGUGCCCUGUGGCCCCGGCGACGGGAACGAGGCCGGGAGCAGCCUGAGAGGUUACCCGCUCGGAGAGUUUCCCUCCGUUUAUCUUUCGCGGCCCGGGCAGGGCCAAGGUCACAAAGGGCCCAAAGGGCGGAUGUCGGUGCAGCGCAGGCGAAAGGCCAGCGAGAGGGAGAAGCUGCGGAUGAGGACGCUGGCCGAAGCCUUGCACACGCUGCGCAAUUACCUGCCGCCCAUGUACACGCAGCGGGGCCAGCCGCUCACCAAGAUACAGACGCUGAAAUACACCAUCAAGUACAUCGGCGAACUCACGGAUUUGCUGAACACCGUGAAGCAAGGACAGAUGCCUUGAAAGGCUUUGGGGGAGCGAUGCCCUCUCUGGAAGGCCGUCGCCUAUCCGAUCCUCCCCACCCACACCCACCCCACUUCCACUUGACAGCCUUCUGGUCGUCUUUUGUAAAAAGUGACAUUUUUUACGAACAAAUGUGGGUCGAACCUCUUUCCCCAGUGGGAGGACACAGCCAUGCGGCUUUGUUGGGAACAGUAGCGAAGCGGUUUGCCAGUUGCUUGCUUCUGGGAUAUGUCUUUUUCACUGACUUUUUGAUCUGCCAUGCUGGGAUUUCCUCGUGGUCUCCCAUCCAAGUGCUGAUCCUACUUAGCUUCCGAGAUGGGUCGGGCCGUUACCAGUUGCCCGGAGGAGUUCAACAAUUAGGGACUUGUUCAAAAGACAAUUUGGGUCAAUCUGUUAUUCUAAGGGAUAGUUCAUGACAAGAGAGUGGUAUUUUGGGA